UCAAGGCAGAAUGGCUGUUUCCCCAUCUCUGGUGACAUGGUGUACUGAAGAGCUUAAUCGCCUACUUGCAUCAGAUGUGACUCCUGAGUGGAUGAGUUAUCUCCUUGAUAUUCAGGAUGAUCAGGAGCUUGAAGAAUAUCUAAGCCAACUUCUAGAUAACUCUGAUGAAAGAAGCACAACAUUCAUAGAAGAAUUAAUGAAAAGAAGAAGCAGUGGGCCAGCUCUUCCAAAGAACUUCACUGUUUAUAGAAAAUCUUCAACUCAAGAAGAAUUGAAAAAGGACACCUCAAAGCACAAAGGCAAAUCGAAAAGCAAGGAGAAAAGAACAAGUCUGGAGACAGUCUCACCGUCAAAUCUGAAAUCUAAUACAUCACCACAAUUGCCAUCACAAAUCCAGCCAAAUCAGCUCCAACAACAACCGACCGGCAAUGGCCUCACCCAUGAGGUGGAUGAUCAUGCUCUAGCCCUUCAACAAGGAGCCCGACGGAAGACCAAAUUUGUUGCACUCUACAGCCAGGAAGGUGAAGCCCGAACUGCCAUUCACCUUCCCGGACGACAUCCUUGCGAGUGCCAGGCUCACAAGCAUGCCUUGGUCUCAAACUGUCUAGAGUGUGGGAGAGUGGUAUGCAGUCAGGAGGGGUCAGGCCCAUGUUUGUUCUGUGGUGCUUUGGUGUGCAAUAAAGAGGAGCAAGAGAUCCUAGCCAGAAAUUCCAAGAAGAGUGAAAAGUUACGGAAGAAGCUGAUGGGAGACACCCUUGUCAAUGGUGACGCACCAUCUCAGAAACCAUCGGGCAAAAAUCCAAGCAGUAUCGACCGAGCCAUAGCACACAAAGACAAGCUUAUUGAGUUUGAUAAAACAAGUGUAAGGAGAACCAAGGUUCAUGAUGACCAAUCAGACUACUUCUCUAGCGACACUAACCAAUGGCUGAGCACCAAAGAGCGAACUGAACUGAAGAAAAGGGAAGAGGACCUUCGGGAGAAGAGACAUGGUUCCAGACUUAACAAGAAGUUCACCCUGGACUUUGCGGGGAGGAAGGUUGUUGAGGAGGAGGUGGAGGAGAUGUACAACAGCCAGGAUGAGGUUGUUCAGAGGGUCAUCUUUGGAAAUAAACCGAGAGGCGAGGAAGUGUCCAGGGGAGGGCAUGAUGCCACAAUAUUGAACCCCAGCAUUACAAGAGAGGCUCCCAAGUUUGUUUCCAAUGUACCCACCAACUCACACCAAGGAUCAAGCAAUCAGAUAUCAUCAAGAAGUGAAGGAUCAUCGAGAGCCAACCAUCGAGUUCAGGAUAAAGAAUUGAUGGAAAUGUCUGAUGAAGGACAGUGUCUUAGCAUGCACCAACCAUGGGCAUCGUUGCUCGUUGCUGGUAUAAAGAAGCACGAGGGUAGGACCUGGUAUUCCCCUCACAGGGGAAGACUAUGGAUAGCAGCGGCAGCUAAAGUAGCCAGCCAGGAGGAAAUUGAAGCGGUGGAAGCAACUCACAGGCAGAUUCAUGACGAUGCUGAUUUUCCAAAGCACUACCCCACUGGUUGUCUCCUUGGUUGCGUUGACAUGGUGGACUGUCUAUCUCAAGAUGACUACAGAUCUAAGUUCCCAGAAGGCGAGUCAUCAUCGCCUUAUGUUUUCAUCUGUGAGAACCCACAAGAAUUAGUCAUCAAAUUUCCAAUCAAGGGAAAACAUAAAAUAUGGAGGUUGGAUGGCGCCAUGCAUAAAUCAGCUAAAAAGGGCCUUAGGCAGAUUCUUCAACACUCGUGAUAAGACCAAGAUCGACAGAACUAUGUAGCAAGAUCCGCCACCUGGAAUCCACUCGGCAUUCAUGUUGUGGUUUCAGGUGUUUGGGAUGGAAUACCAAUUGAAUGCAUAAGAAACAAAACUCUAGAUGAGACAGAAUCAAUCCUUAAAAGAAUCUCAUUACCAAUGUCGUCCCAUCUUGUUAUCAGUCAACAGUUGCUGACUGUAUGGAGUUCUGGAGAUCUGUUUUGGAGAUCAGGAAAGAUGUGCACCUUGUAGGGUAGUGAUGAGUAUUGUUGAGAUUUAUAAACCAGAUGCAUUCUAUGCACACGGAUUAUGAGGCGUAGAUUCAACAAUUAUCUGAUGUACAUUUCAUUGAUUUUUUUUAAUUUUCAAUGCAACAAGGCAGAGACGGAAAACCAAAGACUUCACACCAUGUUUCAGAGAGAUAGAACUUACAUGUAGCUAUAAACAAUGCGUACAAUAUUCUCCCAUAUUCAUAUCUGAUGGCCAUUGGUCAUUGAUCCAUACCUUUUAUCUAUACAUGCAUGCUUAGCUGUCUCCUCUACCCUCUGGAAAUUAUUUUCCUGUCCGUUGAUUUUCACCAUCAUUCCCAGUGCUUCUCUGGCUUUCUCUUGACCUAAUUCUACUGAUUCAGCA